CGUAACUCCAACAAAAGAUUCUUGUUUUCACACAGUAGAUGCAGUACUGACAAUUACUGAUCACUGUUGCAAGGAGUGUACUGAAUUUUGUCUGACUAUACAGUCACAGAGAAAAUCUUUGCUACAGGAAGUAGCCUGGUUUGCACAUGAUCAACGGGAAUUCAUGUAAACUGAUUCGGAGUACCUGGAGCCAUUUAGCCAAGAUCGCUGGACUUGAUUGUAAGAGUUUCUAAGGACCAGAUUUUAAAAGCAACCAAAUAACAUCGUAGCCUACAAAAUGAUGUCUUCAAUGUGGACUUCUGUCUUUCCCUGGGUAUUUUUGUGUUUGUUCAGCUCAAUAGCAACGAGAAAUUCAGAGAUACUUGUAAUUAUUGAUGAGGAAAGAGCAACAAAACGAGAGGGAUCAUGUGUCAAAAUUGGCUGCAGAUAUAAGGCAAAAGAAAAUAUGACACUGUUGUGGCUUAAAGAUCCUAAGUGGAAUGCAAGGAAACAUGCAUUUGAUGGAACGAUUGUAUAUAGCAAUACAAAGGAGCGGCCACAGGACCUUGAGUACUCUAACAGAGUGAAAUUUAUUCAUGAACCCAAUAGUUGGGCCACAUGCUCAUUAAAAAUUAAUGAUCUUAAAGUGAACGACAGUGGGAACUAUACAUUUAGGUACAUAAAAGAAAGUGACAAAUAUUUGAGUAGUGCAUUUACUCUCACUGUCAAGGAAAAUCCCUGCAAGGUCCACAUUAAGCCACCACAUUUGAACAGGUCACUUAAAGAAGGUGACACUGUGAGUUUAUACUGUGCAACAUCAGCAAAAUGUGAGUCAUAUCCUCAAUGGCAGUCGUCUGUUCCAAGUGAUUUUAAUGUGAAAAUGGAUGGUGAUGUUAAAGAAAAAUACAGUGAGCUGAAAUUGACCUUAAACCGGAAAGAUGAUGGGAGAACUUUGAUAUGUCAACCUUCUGAUAGCACUUCUGAGGACUGCCUGGAUAGGAGUUUUACACUUAAAGUGGAAUAUGCACCCAAAGAAACAAAAGUGUCUGAGACCUCUAAGGAUGUGAAAGAAGGAGAACAAGUGAAAAUGUCAUGCUCCAGCAAGGCCCAACCUAAGCCUAUCUUCACAUGGUUUAAACAUCAAAACUCUUUUUCCCAGACUGGAGAAAAUCUUACUUUAUAUGUUAAGACACCAGCCGAUGGAGGCAGAUUCUACUGUCAGGCUAAAAAUGAACAUGGACAUGACAAAUCAACUGACAUACUAAUCAAUGUCAUUUAUCCACCCAAAAAACCAAAUCUGACCAUGAAACAAGUUGUAAAGGAAAAUGAAUUUUAUUCUAUCACAUGUUCUGUAGAAAGUUCACCCCAGGCAAAUCUCAUGCUUAGCAAAUCCUCUCUGACAAACCCCGGAAAUGGCAGAAUAAUACAAACAAGUCAGUCCAACUUUCUCGAUUUUACUUCCAAAGCAUCCAUGGAACAUGCAGGUGUGUACAAUUGCUCAGCGAAAAACUCAGCGGGACAAAACUCAGCAAAUCAAUACCUGGAGGUUUUGUAUGCCCCUAAAAAUGUUAUAGCAUCAGCAUCUCCUGGUAACGAGCUAAAGGAAGGAUCUGAACUUAAACUUACCUGCAAAGCUGAUUCUGUGCCCCAAGUGACUGCUUACACAUGGAAGAAAUCCUCAAGAGCACACUCAGUGACAGUAGGAAAUGGACAGACAUUAACACUCACAUUAGUGAAGAGCUCGGACUCGGACCAUUAUUUUUGUAUCACCAGCAAUGAAAUGGGAAGCGCUGAGUCCCCACCAAUAUAUAUCAGAGUCAAAUAUCGGCCACACAUAACCAUUAUCCAUAAUAUGACAUCACUGGGUCUAUUGGAUGAGGUUCCAGUCCACCUAACUUGUAGUGUUCAGUGUGAUCCACCAGCCACUUUCUUUGCAUGGUACAGGCUGGAGGAAAACACUGUCUUGUCAAAUAACCAGAAUUACACAGUACAGCCACAAAACCCAGGAAUGUACUACUGUGAAGCAAGCAAUGAAAUCGGGAAAUCAAGAUCUGUCCCAUUCGAAAUAAAUCAUAACCAAUACAUUAAACUGCCCAUUAAAAUCAUCAUCUCCUUGUUGGCCAUCCUCUUUCUGAUCGGUGUCCUGUUUCUGCUUCUGAGAAUUGUCCUGACAAAAAGAUGUAAAGGAACAAAUGAGGUACAUCAACGGUCAUUUUUCUUCUCAGCAGCUCCAUUAUGGUCAAACUUGCGCUUAUCUGGCUCACGUAACAACAUUAGGGAGAACCUGGUGAUGGAGGGAUCUUCAGAGAUCUUUGGGAUCAGAGACAAUCAUUCAAGCACUGCUGUUCACUCAAAUCCCCAAGCCAACAGGAACACAGCAGCAGGAAGGCCAAAUUAUGACAUUCAAACAACCUACGAUGUUUUGAAGUUGCCUCCAACUAAUCUGAAACAUCGUCAUACAGAAGAGGAUUUAACCACUGUGAACUAUACUAUGCUACAGUUCAUGAACAACAAUCCAAAUAAAAGUGUACCAAGCCAUGAAAGUGGUGAGCCAGACUAUGCUCAAGUUUCAAAACAGAAACAUAUAGCAAAGGAACAACAAGGUGGUCAUGAAGAUUAUGAAAACGUGUCUGGUGGGUGCACUAAGAAGCAGCCAUUUCCAAACAUAAACUGGGACUCGGACACCAGUGAAUCAGAAGAUGAGGUGAAUUACACAAAAGUGUCAUUCACUGCAACAUCACACCAUAAUCCACAGAAGGAUAAACACUUUUCAGAUGAGGAAGACAAAACUGAAUACUCUGAGGUCAAAAUUUAAGGUUAAAAGAACAUUUAUGAAUGUGUGUGUAUAUAAAGCAAUAAGUAUCCAGUAUUCUAUACAAAGCACCGUUGUGUGCUUCUAUGGGAGUAAGUCUUUUCAUUUAUCUGUGGCUAAAUGUUCCAUAUCUGAUUCUAAUUUAACUGAAUGUUAAAUAUACAUUUUUUUUGAGAUGUUAACAAAAUGACGAAAACUUUUCUAACAUUGCCAUGUUGUGUUAAGCGCUAGUUUUUCAAAUGUGGGGUUAAAAGCAGUUUAGGUAAAGAUGUUUAAAACCUUGCUUGCUAAUUGUGAUUUCCACUCAGUGAAUGUUCAGUUUGAAAUUAAAUAAUGACAAUUAAAAUAUUUGAGAACA